GUGCUAACCUUUCAAGAGCAUUUGGACCAAAGAUAUGGAACAAUUUUAAAGGUAGUGAAUAUCAAAAAGCUCUUCAAUUCCUAGAAAGGGGCUGCGAAUGUGGUUGUUCUAAACAACUACCUAAAGAGAAAUUUGCUGAAUUAAGAGCAGGUUUUCAAAAACUUUCCAAGACCGAACAAGAUGCUUUUGUGAUGGCUAACUUGAUAACUUUGG